CCCCUCUGGGCCCCGGGCGCGUCUCUACGGGCGGCGUUGCCCGCGGCGCGGCGCGUGCAGCCAGCAAGUGAAGGUAUGUGUGGCGGGCGCGGCUGGAGCUGCUGCCGCCGCGGCGCCAGCAGGUCCUAAUGCCUGUCACUUCCCAGGACGCUGGCAGCAGCAGCCCGGAGCCCCCGAGCCCUCGGCAGGUUUUCCUGUCCUUCCCGGCGAUCUGAUUGGAUAAAGUGGGGGCUCGACGGUGGCCGACGUGGGACAGUGUGGCUGUGGCAGGGGUCUCGGAAACCAUGGGUUAUUGCAAUGGCAGGUGCACGCUUAUCUUUAUCUGUGGCAUGCAACUGGUUUGUGUGCUGGAGAGACAAAUAUUUGACUUCCUUGGAUAUCAGUGGGCACCUAUCCUGGCAAAUUUUGUACAUAUUAUUAUCGUCAUUCUUGGUUUAUUUGGAACUAUUCAAUAUAGACCUCGUUACAUAAAAGGAUAUGCUGUUUGGCUAGUCCUCUGGGUUACCUGGAAUGUGUUUGUUAUCUGCUUCUAUUUGGAGGCUGGGGAUCUCUCAAAGGAGACAGACCUUAUCCUGACUUUUAAUAUUUCAAUGCACCGAUCUUGGUGGAUGGAGAAUGGACCAGGAUGCACGGUGACAUCAGUGACACCUGCCCCAGACUGGGCCCCAGAAGACCAUCGCUACAUCACGGUCUCAGGGUGUCUUCUGGAGUACCAGUACAUAGAAGUGGCGCAUAGUUCCCUCCAGAUUGUCCUCGCACUGGCAGGGUUCAUCUACGCCUGUUAUGUUGUGAAAUGUAUAACUGAAGAAGAGGACAGCUUUGAUUUCAUAGGUGGCUUUGAUUCUUAUGGCUAUCAAGGGCCUCAGAAGACAUCUCAUUUACAACUACAGCCUAUGUACAUGUCGAAAUAAUACAGAUGGCUUCAUAAUGUCAGCUCCUGGACCUUACAAAAAACUUGUUUCGCAGUGGCCUCCUGCAUUUUAUGAAGAGCAAGAAGCAAUGAGUUUAAAUAUAUACACAUAUAAACAGACCAAACACAAAGUCUCACAUCCACUAGGACACAAUGCACAAACACGCACUGAGGCACACACCGAUUCCACCUGGUCUCCUCUUUCUAACCAAAACAGACAAACAUGCAGGACAUGCCCAUCCUGGAUUUCCUGAAAGCAGGCUUCUUUCACCCAGGCCUUUGGAAAGUUCAAAAGGAGACGUGCUGGUGCCAUCUGCUGGCCAUCACUAACUAACUCCUCUGCAACUCAGCCCCUGGGCCUCUGCAAGCUGGGAACUCAUCCAGGGCCCGGUAGCUUCAGAGUCCUGCCUCCUGCACCCCAUACGUCUUGAUAGCGCCACUGCUAUGUAGGCAAUGAAAUUGCAAAAACAAACACACACAACCUGCUGUGAUGACCUUGUAACCCAAGUCUGAAAUGGCAGGUUGUUUGCCCUAAAGGCUGUACCGUAUAUACUUGCCUUAACCCACCUAAGUUGUGCGCCCAAGAAUCUCAGUGCAGACAUCCCCAAGUCACUUCCUUUAGGCUAACACACUGCUGUUAAUUCCGAAUGAGUUCGAGUCUCAUGUGUUUUAUGUCAAGAAACAACACCGAAUAGCCCAGCAACUCCCGUGUGUCUGUGUAUGAAAACUGCCAGCUGUCAGCAAAGUGCUUUACCAUUGAGCCUCCACGGUGGCCAAAAAGAGACAAGUAACAAUAAUAGCAACAACAAUAAUCGUCAUCUUUAUAGUUCUUAAAUAUCGUCUUCGGAUGGGGUUGGGUGGGACAAAGGAAAACUUAACAAUCUACUAAAGUCAAUCUACUGGAAGCAGAAAGCAGAAACGGCAUAACACUGAUUUUAUUUAUCGCACUCUAGGUGCUUUUAUAAGUAACUACAAAUGUCUUUUACUAACACAGAAACAGCUGUGGAUUUCUAUCAACUGAGGCCAACUGAAUAUGUAUUAGCUAUGUUUACUCUUUUAUAUCUAAUUCCAAUGGGAGACCCUAUGUAGGUGACCUUUUUUUCCUAACUUCAGCGUAUGAGAUUAUUUUUGGGGCGGGCGGGGGGACCAAUAGUUACCUUGGUGAAAUCUUUGAGAUCUCUCUGUGAUGGUCGGGGGGUCCGUUGUGUGUUAGAGUGUAUUUUACUCCUCCUGUAUUAUUGUGGCAGAAAAACUGUGCUGUUAACGUAGUUGGCAACAAGAUGCCUUUGAAAACUUAAUAGUAGGUCAAUGUGUUUAUGGAAUAUUCUGAAAUUCUAGGAAAUUUUGUUCUAUAUAUUCAAGCAUUAUUUGGUUUUCAUUAGUGGAAAACAUAAUUAGCUCAGGCUUGUCAGGAACUCAGAUGAGACAUGUUUUUUUCUUGGAGUCACCUGAGACAUUAAAAUCAGUUUUUUAAAUGAAUAUGCCAUCUUUAAAUGCAGUGAAAUUCAGACUUGAAAAGUCAUACAUUGUCAAGGAGCAACUUUUUCUCUUGGUUUCCAUGAAGUUUCAGUUACCGGGUUAACCUACUUUGGUCCUUAUCCCAUCCAGAACUACAUAAACCAGUCCUAUUACUGUGUUGCAUGGAUAUUUAUGAAAUACACACAUAUACAUUUGAAAAUGAUACAGGAACAAAGGUUACUAUUGGAACAUGAGCUACAAAGAAAGAUUCCAACUCUUGUGCUUGAAUUUUCUCAGUGGCUUGUGUAUAUUUGUCCAUACAUACAUAUAUAAAACACACAAUUACAGACAUGUCAGUGAAACCUCAUCUAAUGAUUUUAUAGUGACAUGCAUGUUUAAUAUAUGAGAAAAAUAUUUACCAAUGUAUUGUCCUUUGAUUCGUAAAAUAGAAAUACUAUACAUGGCAGAACUUACUCUAAUGUAAUGUAAAAUACUAUUAAUGUAUUUUAAAAUGAGGUUUCACUGUACGUUCAUACUGUGAUCAGAGCCCACCUUCUAGGACAUGUAAAUGGAUUGGAAUUGAGAUGCACAGAGCAUACGCCCUCAUACUCCAGCUUUAAGUUACAGCCAUUAUACCACCUAAUCACCACUAUCAUCACCACCAAAAUUUUCAAAAACAGUUGUUGACUACUAAGAAGUAAUCAGUGGACAGGUCAUUUUUGGGAGCAGUGAGCACAGUAGUGUGAUUCUAUCUGGAAAAACAUCUCAGUUGUACAGCUGUAUCGUCCUCAAAAUCUGGUGAAGAAUGCUAUUUUUCUAGGCUGAGCUUUUGUUACAAACCUAAUAUUCAGAAGGCAAGAGUUACAAUCCUGAUGUGUCUUUUUCCUUUCUUUUUUUGCGUUUGUUAAUUCUGAAUGUAUUUUUAACAGAGUGAUUUUUUUGACUU